GGAAGUACCAAUAAUAAAACAUGGCUGCCCCCAUGAAACGAAAAUAAAUAAAAGAUUGAAUUUAAUUUUUAUUUACAGACAGAGACUUAGGAAUCACAAACAUACAGAUAAAUAAUGGCAGAUUCAGAUGAAGACCGUGAUGAAACAAUAUCGGAUGAAGAUGUUAGGUCUCCAGAGAUGGAUGAGAUGGAAGGUGUUGAUGAACAAUAUGUCCAAGAAGAUUGUUUAACAGCUUUAACCAGUAAAGAUUAUAUCAUGGAACCAAAUAUUUUUGUUGUUUUAAAAAAAUAUUUACAAGCUGGAGGAUCACCUGAGAAGGUUGUACAAUUAUUAUCAGAUAACUAUACAGCUGUAGCCCAAACUGUCAAUGUUUUAGCUGAAUGGCUUAUUCAGACAGGUGUAGAUAUUAAAGAAGUUCAGGUAUUAGUUGAAUCUCAUUUAAAAGAUAUGGUUAUAAAAUGCUUUGAUCCAAAGAAAGCUGAUUCCAUCUUUACUAGUGAAGGUGAGAUUCCAUCAUGGUUAGCUGAGAUGAUAGAAUAUCCAACAUGGCGGAGUUUAUUUUAUAAACUUGCGGAAGAAUACCCAGAUUGUCUUAUGUUAAAUUUUACGAUCAAGUUGAUAUCUGAUGCUGGUUAUCAAGGGGAAAUUACCUCUGUAUCGACAGCAUGUCAUCAGAUAGAGGUCUUCUCUCGUGUUCUUAGAACAUCCAUUUCUUCAUUUCUAGAAGGUGGUGAGGAAGCCAUUGAAAAAAAUCUACAAGAAUUUACGAAAAUGGUCUGUCACGGAGAACACACUUAUUUAUAUAGUCAAGUUUUAAUGCAUAUCUUGGCACAAGAACCAAAAGGUGGAUUUAAUAUAAAGAGAUUAUGUCAAGAACUGCAAAAAUGUGCUAAUGAAAAGGGUUUAGAAAUUACACCAAUCACCAUGGCUUUAAGUGGUGCAGCAGCAUAUCCUCGUGCUUGUCAAGCCUUAUCAUCUAUGUUAUCACGCCAAGCUUUAAAUCCUGCAGAUAUUACUGUUUUAUAUAAAAUGUACAGUGAAGCUGACCCACCCCCAGUAGAUUUAAUCAGAGUUCCUUCCUUUUUAAAUUUGUUAAUAGAUACAUUAUUUAGACCACCAUCCCGUGUAAAUCCUGAUCAUAAAUCAAAAUAUAUGUAUUUAUUAGCUUAUGCUGCAAGUGUUGUAGACAUUCUGAAAAAGGGUGGACGUAAAUCAGUAAAUAAAGAAGAAUUAAAGCCAACAAUACAAGCGUUAGAGAAAACACAGUCAUUAUGUACAGAAAAUAAAGCAUCAUCAGAAUUGAUUGCAGAUGUGGGAACUCUGUUUCAAUGUUUAAAGUUUCCAGUAGUUUCUAUGGGAGUAUUAAAGUGGGUAGAUCAUACUGUAUCAGAACCUAGUUAUUUUAAACUCAACACAGAUCAUACACCUAUACAUCUUGUCUUGGUAGAUGAGAUAGCUACUAACCAUAUUCUACUUCAUCAAAAGGCAUUAGAUUUAUUAAUAAGAUUAUUUGAAGGUUCUUAUGAAGAAUUAGAUGUGCUAGUCAGACUGGAAUUAAAGAAAAAGUUAUUAGAUAGAAUGGUACAUUUAUUUAGUGGAGGUUGUGUAAUACCUGUUGUUUCCUACAUUAGGAAAUGUCAAGAUACACAAGAUACAGAUAUAUCUUUAAUAAGAUAUUUUGUUACAGAGGUUUUGGAUGUUAUAGCUCCACCGUACACAUCAGAUUUUAUACAUCUAUUUCUACCUUUAAUAGAAAAUAAAGAUAUCACUGGUUCUAUUAAAUCAGAAGAUGGUACAGAUCCAGUUUCAGAAUUUAUAGUUCACUGCAAAACAAACUAUAUUGUAAAUUGAAGUUGCCUGGAUUAUUAUAUUAUGGUGAAAUUUGAAGUUAAAUUAACCAAUAUAGAAAAUCUGACUGAAACAAGUCCUCACUGUCGAUAAAGAAAUACUGAUGUCUGUGUUAAUUAAUGGUGAACUGCAUUUUAAUGUUAGAUCAGUGUAAAAGGAUAAGUCAUUUCCUAUGGUCAAUAUGUUACCUAUUAACAAUACACUGAAAAAUAAUGUGGAUCUUGCAUCCAAUUAAAUCAUUUCAUGAUGAAAUGAAUAUUUCUUGACUGGUGUUUGUCUUUAUUCAAAGUCAAUAUACUUCAGUAGCAGAAAUCAGGAUUUACAGCCGAGUCAAACAGAAUAUUCAGUUUAGUGUAGCUUCCGUUUUUUUGCAUAGAGAACCUGGAGAAUGCUCAUGAAGUUGAGCAGAUGUGCCCACCAAUUCUAUUGAGUGUUAUGUCAUUUGUUAAGAGUUACUUUUAAUAGAUAACCUGAUACCACUUCUUAUUAGUUUGGGAAGUUCACAUAGUCAAAAAGAACUGUUGGUUGUACUUUUGCAUUCUUAGUUAGACCUUAGCCCCUGGAGAAAGUGAAGUAACUGUUAUGUAUAAUAUAUUGCAUGAUUGUGAUAGUACAAUGAUAAUAUUUAGAAGAUUUAUGUAACAACUUAAUUCCCAUCUACGAAUUGUAGCCUCAGAUUCUAUUGUGCAUAAUGUAGAGGGUAUGCUCACAAUUUAUGUUAGACAUCUUACAAUGUAUUAAUUACUUUAGGAAGUUCAAAUUGUUUUUCAAUUUUGUCUAUUGAUUUGCCAUAUCUCCAGAAAUAGUUGAUCCCUUUAUUUGAACACCAAUCUUGUUCUUUUUCCCUUACAUUUCAAUUGAUGUAAAUUUCAUUUUUAAACCCUUGUUACAUGGGUGUCACAUUGACUUUAAAAUGGUCAUAAACACUAUUUAUCAAUAUUUUCAUUUCAUUUUUGAUACAAUUUCCUUACUUGUUGACUAUAAAUUCUUGCAAAAUA